ACGAGUCGGACGUGGUGCUGCGCCGCCGCCGCGCCAAAAAGGAGGCCAAGAGCCAGCGCAGCUGGGCCAGCACGUUCUUCGAGAGCCUCGGCAUGAACGCCGCCGCUGACCCGUCCACCGUGAUCGAGGACGUGAGCGCGGCGGCCGAGCGCGAGCGGGCGGCGCCGCCGGCGGCGCGCAAGGCGCCCGACCCGGCCGUCGCCGACGCCAAGCGCGCCGAGCCCGACGACGACGACAGCACCUCAUCGACGACGACGGAUAACUCGAACGUCGAAGACGUCAGCGAGAAGGACAAUAAAUCCACGAAGAUAGACCGGGACAGGGGCAAUAAGCAGAACAAAACGGGACAAGGCAAUAUCAGGUCAACCGACAAACCGGAGCAGACCCAGUCAGCAGCGGAACUAAACGCUAAGUCAAAACCAGUCAAGAAAAAUAAGGCGAAGGUGACUAACAGCCUGCCCAACCUGGGGUCGCUUGAGCUUCCCUACAAACCCAAGACGAUCGAUGACAAGAAAGAGAAGAAGAAACGCUCCAAAGCGCCAGUGGCGGUCUCCGUGGGCGGCACCGUGUCGCCCAGCUCGUCCGUCUCCUCCGAGAGCGCGCCGCCCGUCUGGGACGCGCCGUCCGGUGCCGGCGCCGACGAGGCGUUCGGUCUGCUCUCGCAGCAGACCGAGAGUUUCGCGCGCGGCGUCGGCCUGCCCGCCCGCACCUCGUUCGCCAGCGUCGUGUCAGGUCAGGGCGAGCGUCAGCGGACGCGUGCGCCGCCGGUGGGCAAGAUUGCGCCCGAGAUGAAGCAGCCGGCCGCCGACCCAGGCCCGAUCGGUCCGCGCCACCGGCGCCCCUCGCCACCGCUUGGCCUGGCCGCUGUCCGCCCGACCGAGCCCGACCUCUGCGCGCCGCCGCCGCCGCCGCCCCAGGUCGCCGUCAAGCCCAUGCCGCCCGUCGAUGAGCCGUCCAGCUUCGGCCUGCACUCGCUGGCCAACACGGCGUCCAGCCUAUGGCCGUCGUUCUGGUCGGCAGCGCCGCCACCAGCGCCCACCUUCAUGCAGACGCUGCAGGCUGACCGCCGGCUCAAGGUGCACCAGUACGAACAGCAGUGCCAGCAGCGCGCCCGGGCCGGCUCGAUGGACGACUGGCCGGGCUUUGGCAGCAGCCCGUUCGCGGCGUCCGCCUCGCUCUGGGAGCCGGCGCCGGCGCCGGGUCGCGCCGGCAGCUCGCUGUGGGACGGCCAGCUAGCCGGCGCCUGGUCGCCGGCGGCGGCAGAUCCGGCGCGCCCGCCGGCGCCGCUGGUCAGCCCGUUCGCGACCAGCGCCGCCAGCAGCCCGUGGGCGCCGCGCGCCACCACCGACUCCGGCUGGCCCAAAUUCUUCCCAGCCGACGACUCCGAGAGCGCCCAGUAGCGGCCCCGGCGCCUCCUCGGGCCGACCUGUCGCCGCCGCCGCCGCCGCC